AUGUCCUCAAUUCCAAAUGGCUCGGGCCCAGAGCUCGAGAAAUUCCCUGAUGCCCCUCCGUCGAUAGAAGUCACAGCACCAGAAGAGCCUCCUCAUGCAGGACUGCGUAGCUUGAAUCAUUACAAAAGAAAGCUGCCAACAUGGCGGUACAGUCUACGACAGAGCAUUUUACCCCUGAUACGGUGGGAGACUCCAUACCUGGCAUGGAUGCAAGAUAAGAUGCGAUCACAAACUCUCGACACCUAUUUCGCAAUUACAGCAAAUGCGGGCACUCAUACGUUCUUUAUGGUGGUUCUCCCUAUACUGUUCUGGUGUGGGCAUACGGGAUUGGGUCGAGGAAUGGUUCAUAUUUUGGCAAGCGGCGUCUUUUGGACUGGUUUUAUCAAAGACAUGACCUCUUUACCACGCCCAUUAUCACCACCUCUACAUCGAAUUACAAUGUCAGGAUCUGCGGCAUUGGAAUAUGGAUUUCCCUCCACGCACUCCGCCAAUGCCGUUUCGGUUGCAGUGUAUGCACUAUUUGCUUUGCACUCACCGGAAUGCAAGCUUCAGUAUUCAACCAAGCUAAUACUCGAAGUUGUGAGCUACUCGUACGCCGUUUCGAUUGUUCUCGGGCGACUUUACUGCGGAAUGCAUGGCUUCCUCGAUGUCAUCGUUGGCAGUAUCAUUGGUGCGCUCAUCUCUAUCGUGGAAUGUGUCUAUACGGACAUUAUUGAUGAUUACAUGUACACCAGUACUUGGGCGGCGCCAGCAAUGGUGGCUCUUGUUAUCAUUGUUCUGAUUCGAAUCCAUCCGGAGCCCGCUGACGACUGUCCUUGCUUCGACGAUAGUGUUGCUUUUGCAGGGGUCAUGAUUGGUGUUGAAAUCGGGGCAUGGCAUUACGCUUCCACCGGUUUCGCGUGGAAUCACCCAGUCCCUGGCACCGUUCCUUUCGAUUUGGCUCACAUAGGCUGGGCGGUGACCAUUGCGAGGGUGCUUCUUGGUGUUGUGGUGAUCUUUGCAUGGAGAGAGGUAAUGAAGCCCACUCUGCUCAAGACUUUGCCUCAUCUCUUCCGAGUCAUUGAGAAGUAUGGCUGGAUUCUGCCCCGUAAAUUUUUCUUACCGGCCUCCGAAUACAAGAAGAUUCCAGCACGGUUGAAGGUUGACAAUGUCAUGCCAUCAGUCUCGGACUUACCAGGCCUGCUUACUUCCAUUCGUCACCCGGGACGAGGGCGAUCGGUUUCUGUGGGUCCUCAGUCUGCUGCUGAUGCGUACGAGACUUUGGCAUAUCGGGAAAAGAGACGGAGAGACAGCCUGACAAAUACCGAGUUAGAAUCCGCGAUCAGCCCUCCUCGUUCUCCGAGCACAUCAUCUACAAAGAGGGACUACUUUUCGACUGGUAACGCCGACAAAGAUGGAGCCGUUUCGCAAGUCUCGGGUAUUUCGGCUUCGCUAGGAGCUGCAAAUACAGGCAACUUGCCUACACCAGCACAAUCACGAGUUGGCUCGUAUGAACAGAUGAUGGGACAGGGUCAUGUGAUGAUCUCUCCUGCAACACCAGAUGAGAAAGAUGAUGACGAUGAUGACAAUGCUGAGAUCUUCGUUGGCCAGCAAAAUGAGUUGGAAGAGAAGGAGAUGUUUUCGAGGCUGGAGAAACCUCGUGUUAGAUACGAUGUUGAGGUAGUCACAAAACUUGUAGUGUAUACAGGUAUUGCUUGGCUGGCUGUCGAAGUGAACCCCAUACUUUUCGAAUUGCUUGGGCUCGGGAUGGGCAAUGUUCGCCAAUUGUACUGA